AUGGCGUCCGACUUCUGGACUAUACAUCAGAUCAUGAGGCAUUUACAGAACGAAGAAGCUACAGCAGCAGUCAUGGAUACGACUGAUGAUCGCGAACUGUCAACAGAUGAGCAGAAUGAUGAACAAGAAGCCGAAAACAAUCAAGAAGGAAACACAGAUCGACGAUACUUAUUCAUCAUCUUCAACGAUCCAACAUGGUCUCGAACAGUCCAACGACUCAAAGGAAAUCCUACACAACAGCGCAUGCAAACUGUGACAUCAGAUGCAGCAGCUACAGUGGUCAACGAAGAAAGACGAGGAUCAUCUGUCGAUGAACAGUUUACUUUGCAACUACGGCAACUGUUCGAUGAUUAUAUGCAACGCACAAGGCGACGUUUCCCGAUAAGAUACUUUAUUGAUUUCACUAAUCAGACUAUGUAA